AUGCUCUUGAAUAAUGGAGGGUGUUCAUGGAAGGUUCUGGACAUGCUUAGUUUUAAAAUGGGAAUCCCCUCAAUUGGGCUGGAUUGGAGCUUUGAAGCCCUAAACGACUUACAAGAUAAUAAGGCCCGUGAAUCCCAUACCAACUUAUCCAAUCCAAGACACGAUGCAAUGAACCAGAUCCAAGCUCAGCACAUUACGAUCGAGGUGUAG